UGCACGUCACGCACUCUCGUGGUCUGUGUAAUACGGAAGAGAGGAUGUGAGCGAUUCCACGUCAUUGAGGUGCAUUUGUGCGAUAGAUUAUUUUGUAUAGUUUUUGCUAUUUCUGUAAAAUGUCCAUGUGGUAGCACAUUAGAGGUUUAAUUAUAUUCAGACGAGCUUCGUCUGUCACUGGAAGGAGCGGCCUAGACAUUGGAAUUCAGCUGAAGUUCAAACUCCCUCAGCUGCACGUCUACGGGACUCACGCCACUACCUAGUGACUGACUGCUGCUUAACCUUGAUGGGCGAAUCAGGGUCGCGCCGCUCCACGCUCGUCUCCAGGCUGCCCAUCUUCAGGCGGAGCGUGAGUAAGAGGCAGAACUCGUUGCCCUCCUCCCCGUCCUCAGGCGGCGUGGGCAAUGGCAUCCACACCUCGUCCCCCUCCAGCACCAACUCUAGCAACAGCAGCACGGGCAAGCGCCGCAGCCUGUUCCGCACGCCCUCCAUCCGCUUCGGCAGCAAGAGGAACAGCGAACCACCACGCAUCCAGACCCCUCCACUAGACCCAGCCCAGGACGCCAACGGCAGCCAGGCCAACCCUCAUCUGGGCUUCCACGAUGGCGCUGGGCCUCCACGGGCCAAGACGCGCCACUCCUUUGGUUUCGGGGGCCACCGGCAGAAGAAGAUCACCCGCUCGCAGACGGAGGACUUUGAGAAGGUGUCCUCCACGGCCAAUAGGAACCUGUUCAGCAACUGCAUCAGCUCAGGUACCAAUGAGGGAGAUGACUCUGGGUUUCUGGAUGACUACAGCAGCGGCAGCAAACGCUCGUCCAGGCAGAAGAAACAGCUGCUACCCAAGUCAUUCUCUGCACACCACCGCUUCUCCAAGAACUCUGAGCAGUGCAAGCCCCCGGAGGUGAGCAUAGAGCCCCCGACGUCUGGGGGUACCCCGGGCUCGUGGCCAGGCGAGCUGCUGGGGGAGAGCUCCCUGCAGUCGCCCAUGCUGUCUGAGGACCGCACAACGGCGAUCACCCCCUCCGAGUUUAAUGUCCCCAUCACAGAGGACUCUGUGUCCGUGGUGGAUGCGCCUUCCGCCCCCAGCCCAGACGACCCACAAGACAACAACUUCAGCCAUGUCGUCUCUACCUCCGAAGUGAUCUUCACGCCUGCCCAAGCUUCCACAGACAAGACCCUACUGCCAGACACCUGCACCACCAACACCACGGAGUGUGAGACAGCAAUUCCUGUCACGGGGCAAGCAACAGCUGCAACAACACCAAUGCCACCGCAACAACAACAAUCACAGGAAGAGAAGGAAGAGGGGGAAGAGGAGAAGGAAGAUGUGUUGGUGGUGGAGGAAGAGGUCAGACCAGAGCAGACAGAGACUAGUGAGAGCGAGGCAGGCCCAGUGCGUAGUAAAGGCUACCAUUCCAAUCCAGAGCAGUCUGAGACGAGGUCCAGGAACUCCGUACUCUUCCAGGAACCAGGGAAGGGAGCGUGCUGCGGUAGACAUGAACCCAGGUCAUGCCACCUGAGGAAACCCCACACAGUGUCCAUGUGCAGCAGCAGCGCCAGCCCCUACCACGAAGUGAUGCGCAGGGAGCGCCGGCUCCGCUCCUCCUCGGAAGGGGCCGGGGUGCCGCGGGGGCUCCACCUCAACCUCAGAGAUCCCCACUGCGCCACCGAGGGUAACACCCUGCUCAGAAAGAGGAACAACUCAUCCUCCUCCAAGCUGGGCAGCCUGGACCUACUGAACAACCUGGGUUCGUCUGAGCUGGAUGAGGAUGACCUGAUGUUGGACCUGGAGCUCUCUGAUGACCAACGCCAGCGUCACGUAUCCAGAGAGGACUCCAGCCAGUCCCUGGCCUCCUUCCUGAACCAGCUGCACUCCCCCAUUGAGCCCUCUGGAGACGGGAUCCCUGGCCGGGAGCCCUCUGGAGACGGGAUCCCUGGCCGGGAGCCCUCUGGAGACGGGAUCCCUGGCAGGGAGCGCUCUGGAGACGGGAUCCCUGGCAGGGAGCCCAGAGACGCCACCACCACCACCCACAGGGAGCCGUGCCGGCCCACUACCCUGCUGCCUGCUGACUGGUGCCUGGGUCGGGAGGACGAGGCCCCGGGGCUGGAGGCACUGCCCCUUAGGUUGAUGCAGCAGGACUGCACCUCUGUCAAGACCCUGCUGCUACGCCUCCGGAGGACCCUGCAGGAGAGCACUGAUACAAGUCCUGCAAGCAGCCUCCAUUCUCUCCCCAUCAGCCCUUGUAGUGAGAAGUCACUGCCCCUCAAGGAGCCGGGGAGGGAAGAGGUUCUGGUGCUGCAGCUGAAGGAGAAGGACGAGCUGAUCCUCCGACUGCAGGCUGAACUGGAGAGUGCCAAAGCUGCCCUGAAACCCACCUGCCAAAAAGCUGACAGAACCACGCAGACUGACCCCCCUGGAUCAGAGACCAUCCAUCCAAGCCGAGCAACAAGCCAAAACAGUACCAGCACAAGGGACAGAAGGCCAGCCCGGUCUCUCAUCGCGGACCAAUAUAGCCGUAUGGCGGCAGAGCACUCCACUUCCAGCGAUGAGCGCCACUACCCAGCCCCAGCACUGUCCUCCAGUGGCCCCGGUGGAGGCAGAGACACUGCAGGACCCCCUAGGAGACCAGAAGGGGCUCUGUCCUCAUCAGAGGCAGGGGCUCUCAGGAGAAUCGACUACCCAGCCAGCCAGAUCCCCCGGGUGGUGGGGGUGGGGGCUGGGGUGUGGGGCAGCAGCUCCAGCCUCCAGAGCCGAGGCAGUCCCUGCCGCAGCAGCCUCUCCUCAGACAGCGAGAGAGCCCCGUUACCGAUCCCCUGCCAGCCUCCUUUUUCCACCUCCUCUUCCUCUUCCUCCUUCACGGGCCGCCUGGGCCAGCCCCCCAGAGGGCCCCUUUCCCUGCACAUGUACAGCCGCAAGAACGUCUUCCUGCAGCACUCACUUCACACUGCCGAACUGCAGGCCCUGGCCCAGCACGAUGGCUAAGGCACUGGCCUCAUGUGCACGCACACACACGCACACACACACACACACACACACACACACAAGCACUCAGACUCACACACACCUUUCAUUUUCCCCAUAUCCCCUUAAACAUAUAAUUGAAUGGACACAUCACCGUCUGAAUCAUGGAAGUGAAAGUCAUCUCUGGAAUUCACCCAACAAUCAGUGUCCUCAACCCUCAAAACUUAACUUUAGCUGAAAUCCAACCCAUUUCUUACAUUUCAUUCAUCUUAACCCUAGCUGUCAGUCGUUCCGAUCCCUGAACAGAGUAUGCUGUAACACUACCCUGUACCACCAUCUAGAUCACAUUAUUGGGACGUUAGCUGCUUUUCUUCUGAAAUGCAUAUUCUGUGUUACAUGGUCAUCCAAGCAUACCUCUAGACUCACAGCAACUCGGUAGGUGCAUGUCUAUAUGUGGUUCUGUGCAUUUUACCAUUUUGCCAUAUUAAAAGGUUGAUAGAUGUGCUCACUUGAACACACACACCAGUCAGUCAGUCAGUCAGUCUGCCAGCUUUCACAAGGCAUUUGUCCGUCUAUCACCUUAGAUUAGCACUAAACGAUGAGCGUUGGAUGACAGCUGCUUACACACACACACACUGUUAUUACACCCCAGCAGGGAGACAUGGAGACACUCAGUUCCAACACUAUAGGGAAUGAACUAAUGUGAACGUUGUAAUUACGUUAGCAUAGCUGAACAUGCUGCUCAUUGCACUGACAAUGUGACUGACAUCCUUCUCCUAUUUGCCAAAUCCUGUCAAAGAUCCCAACUCUGAUUUCUGACACACAGAAAGUCAGUCCCAUUUAAGGUUUCAUUCAUUAACCUUUUAAUAAUUGCAUGCUUUUUAAGGUUAUAUACAAA